AUAUUGCGGAAUUCGAACCCGAUAAAAAAAAAAUAAAGAUGUACUUGAUUACUUAAAGUUAAACAUCCGGAUGUAAAUUUUCAUAUAAGAUUUAAAUGUGCAAAUGCUCGCAUUGAGACCAUUGAAUUUAUUAUAUAUCUGAGUACAUUAUAUAUUUCAGUCUAAACUGACAAUCAUUAGCUUACAAAUUGCAGAUUUAAAUAAUAAAAAAAAUAAAAAUACGAAACUCACAUUAUGAUCUCAUAGCAGUUUACGGAACUGAACGCAUUUUGAAACAAACUUGACGUUUAGUCAGAGCUACUAAUAUCUAGACACAAAAUGUUUGCACAGAUUCCACAGGGACAAACAGACUCCAAUAAUCCAGUUCUAUAUGAGGAAGUGAAACUUUCCAAGUCUGCCAGAGAAAGAGAAAAAUAUGAUAACAUGGCAGAACUGUAUGCAGUGAUAAACACUCUACAGAGUUUGGAGAAAGCUUACAUAAAGGAUGCUGUUCAGCCUAAAGAGUACACAGCUGCCUGCUCAAAACUCCUCGUACAAUACAAAGCAGCAUUCAAACUUGUAAAGGGGGACUUCGCAACUGUAGAGCAGUUCAUGAAGAAAUACAGGUUGGACUGUUCUGCUGCUCUGGAGAGGAUUAAGGAGGAUCGACCAAUCACAAUCAAAGAUGGUAUCAGUCAAGGAAACACAAGCAAAGCUAUUGCAGACAUUGUGUCGCUAUUUAUCACAGUAAUGGACACUCUACGAUUAGAAAUUAGGGCCAUGGACAAGAUUCAACCAGAUCUUAAAGAACUAAUGGAAACAAUGAGCAGAUUAAGCAUUUUACCCAAAGACUUCGAGGGCACUCAGAAAGUGAAGAAAUGGUUAGAUAUAUUUGAUGAGAUGUCAGCCUCAGAGGAACUAGAUGAUAACCAAGUUCGACAGAUUCUGUUUGAUUUGGACAGUGCUUACAAUGCCUUUAAUCGCAUACUUCACGACCACUAAACCAGGAUUACGAUAAACGUGAAAAUAGUGUGGUUGCCAGCCUGACAGUAAAUCUCUCAUCAUCAUCAGCAGUCACCAUAUUUGCUGUCAAGAUUUAUUAAAUGCAUUGUUUUAGCCUAGAGACGUCUCUGCUUAAUUUGAGGUGAUUCAACAGUAGGUUCCUGGAUUAAAGCCUCGGAGCUGAAAUGUCCAUUGUACGUGAUCUUUUGAAUAUCUCUCACAUACAAAUGUUGUCCAGAGUACGAAAAAGAUGUUUUUUUAAAAUAUGGCUUAUUUUAGCAAUGGGUUAAUUAAUGAAUUGUAAGACACUUUAUGAAUCAUUUAUGCAUGGCAAUGUUGUUUAUUUAACAUUUGCUUUUCUUGUUUGUUAUAUGUAAUAGAAUUCAGGUAUUUUGCAGAACUGUGAAUAAUAUAAUCGCCAAGUACAUCAAUUCUGGAGUUCAAUACGAUAUAAUAUCCACGAUAUUAUUUUCACAUGAAACUUACUCCUUUAAAUUUUUGAGACUCCAUUGUUUUAGGAUUACUCUUUUUUUAUCAUUACAACUGCUGUAAGCUGUAACUAUUUCCAUACAAAAGCUCACCAUCUGUUGUUGCAUGAUAAGUAGUUCACAACAAUGUGUUAAUUAGAACCUGAUCGUCCUUGCGUGUGUUAUUUAUAAAACAAACUUGCAGUAUGACAAAAUGCUUUCUUAAAUCUUGUGUACAAAGUACAACCAGGUGCAGGGUAUAUUUUGUAUCAAGUAGGGAUGGCGAUUGAAUACAGAAUUACAGUUGGUUGACACAACUCGUUCAGACUGGUUAACCAAAAUACUGUACCGAUUUUCGUGGCAGAUUGAUUGGUUUUAUUUCCUCAUGUAAGUUCUAUUCAUAUCCACAAAAAGACUAUAAAAUGUUUAAUCAGAACACUAAAUGAAUUUUAUUUUGAUAAGCAAGAAAAAUAAAGAAAACGAUGAAACACAUCCGAGAUAUCAGAGGAAGAAAUAAUUUCUCAGACCAGAUGUAACAAGUUCAUUCUGUAUUGUCACCAUCGGCAGAACUAGCUCUUUUUACAAUUUUUGUUCAGUUACAAAGGGCAAGACACACAUUGCAAGCAGUUACACAGCAAUAUUAACAGCACUCCCGUGAUUUUAUUAUCACUCAAGUAUGAUUAAAGAAAUGCCGGACGGGUUUAGCUGCGAUGCAGUGUUUAAACAGUAAUUAGCUCUUCACAAUCUGACCAAUUCACUCCAAUCUCCACCCGGAGAACCCAAAUCAUCUCCAAAUUCACUUGAUUAGGUAUGUGAAAAUGUUAACUUAACAGUGGUCGGAGUUUUUAAAAUAAAUAGCUACAUGCAGUCUAUAUGACUUGUAUUUGUACUUUUUACAGAAAAUCUUGUGAUGUGGGUUUUUUACAGAAAAUCUUGUGGUGUGGGGUUUUCAGAGCAACCCUUUUCUAGCAUCUUUAUGCGUGUUUGUUUUCUUUGUUUAGAAAGGUGAAGGUCCAAGAGGAGAUAAUCAAGAAUUUGUUGAUAAAAAAAAUCCUCUCAAAAAUCAAAUCUUUUCAUAAAGGUUUCCUUAUAUAUUGAAGAUUAAUGUUUGUUCAAACCAUGAUCCCCUGUCCCAGGGUGAGGCCACAAGGAGGUUUAUCAAGUUUUACAUGGGCAUAUAUCACAGUAUUUUUUGGGAGUAAAAUCUUUUCAAGAACCCCACAAAUAAAGUUUGCUGAAACGUUGAAGUACCUCAUUGUGACACCUGUGGCCAGAGUGGGGCCACUGUAGGGGUUUUAAUUUUUACAUAUACAAAAAUCAAAAACUCUUUUAAAAUGUUCUUCACAAGAACCAAUAGGUACAUCUUAUUAAAUUUUAAAAUAGGUGAGCAUCCCCAUGUAGUGUAGAUACAAGUUUGUUCAGACUGACCAGGACAGGGCUUUACAUUGGCAACUGCACAGGUGAGCUAUGGGCCUCAAUUUUUGUUGCUGUGUUGUUGAUCUGUUUUUUUCCAAGUACCCUCAACAUACAAAUUAUAAUAUGUACAUGUUUUUAUGACUAAUAUUAGUGAUAACAUAAUUUCACAAUCCAAGCAGCAAGUUAGUCAAUUAUGUGAAAAAUUUCAAUGAAAGGACUAUGUACGAUAACAGUCUCCCUGGGCCCCAGUAAAACUCAUGAUUUGAAAGCUUUAAAGGAAAACAAAUUAAUGUUUUAGUUUCAGAUAAGUCCAAUAUUUACAGUCAUUUGGAGUACAGGGUAUCUAAAGUGAUGCAAUUUUGAAUUUUAGUCAAAAGUUAACAUUUUUUCUUUCAGAGUACAGCUUUGGACAAAAUAUUUUUGUAUAAGCAUUACAUGUGUCCUGGAAAGGUAAAUCUUUGUAUAAAUAUGUAUUGUUUGUUUAAGCUUGUGUUUAAUGUUUUGAAGAAAAACUGCAUGAAACUAGCCAUUUCAUUUCCAAAUAUCAAAAAUAGUGGUGAAAUGUAAUAUUUUUGUGUCAUAAUUCCAGUUCUUUGUUAUUUUCAUCAAAAUGAGAAUAACUGGGUUGCAUCGGGAUACUUGCACAAAAUAUACUUGAUUUUGAAACAAAUAUUAAAUUUGUUGGGCAAAUAGAGCCCUUUCUUAUAUAGUCCUUUCAGAUGAUAAUGAAUAUAAAAUUCUAAGGAUGCAAAUAAAUCAAUAGUAUCAACAUCUCCAAUGAUCCCAGAAUAAAUGUGUAUUUCAUGUCGUGUAAUCUACAUAUUAAACUGUGAUAUCUCAGUGGUACUGUACAUUGUAUGUUGACGUUUUAAGAAUGGACAAUAAACUAUUAUUUGUUAUACAUA